CCGAUAACGAUAGAGAACAGCUGUUCUCCUUGCUCCCAUUCGAGACAUUUGUACCCCAAUUGGGGAUAACAAAACCCAGUAACUAGCCAAACAUCCAGCACGUGCAGCGCCAAGUUAAGGACGCACUGCAUCGGGUGCGAAGAGAAAAGAAGGAAGGAAGCAACGCCGCUGUGCAACAGACUGAAAGCGGAGUAACAUGAACGCAUUGCGCAACAUCUUCACAUCGCGAACUCUCAACUAUUUGCGCCAGAAUGGACAGAACGCGAUCCUCAACGCCACCCAGCAGCAGCAGCAGGCUGUGGACGCCGUGCCGCUGUCCACCGAUGCCGACCAGCAGCUGAAGGCGCCCCGUCCCGCCCCACUCUCCAUACCGCGCUCCAUCCUCGAUGCGUGCCAGUUCGCGGUCAAGCCUUUUGACCUGGGACGCACUGCCUCCGGAAGCGGGCAGUCGAACGGCUCCCUGUCGCCGACGACGCUGAAGCGUUUCGGCCGCAUGCAACGCCGCAUGGAGCUGGUGUACCGCUGCAAGCUGUGCAACACCCGCAACACGAAGACCAUCAGCGAGGAGGCCUACUACAGCGGCGUGGUCAUCCUGCAGUGCGACGGCUGUGCCGUCGACCACCUCAUCAAGGACAACCUGGGACUCUUCACGGGCAGCGACGGCGACAGCAGCAUCAGCUCCGGCAUCAGUACCAGCAAGAAUAUCGACCAGGUGCUGGCGGAGCGACAUGCCCGCGUCCGCGUCAUCAAGGUGAACGAGCACGGCGAGCUGAUUUAGGCACUCUAGUCAAGGGGCAUCAGAACAGGAGAACCUGGUGCCGUCCGUCAACCUGCGAAUCGUGUCCGAGUUGGACACACUCGGCACGGGGGGCACAACAUUGCCCCAUUACCCAAAACCACAACCCGAUUACAAACCGGAAUUCCGAAAUUCCGAAAUUCCGGAAUCCCUCAUUCUGUCCGACCUCAGCCGGCUGUAUAUACUACUUGUACUGUAAUUGUUGAUUGUUUCGGGCCGUGAGUAAUGGCUAAAAAGUGAUUAAAAGAACGCCCAGUUCGAAAGCUAAAAA